AUGUCACAACUACAGAAAUCGAAUCCAUUCGGAGAGUUGUCAGCACUAGCGGCGAGGAUCAAAUUGAAAGCUACAAUAAGUGGCGCUCAUAGGCUACUACCACAACAAAAAACAUUGCUCAAUCAAAGCUCGUCAAGCUUGACAAGUACAUGUUUGGGAACAGAGGGAUACUCAAACAUGCGCUAUGAUCUCGGUCAGAGUUAUCCAUCAUCACUUGGCCCAAUUUUCUUCAGCAUUAAUGAUGAUAUUGAGAAAGAGAUUUUCCACACAUCCUAUGAGAACGUUGGACAUGUCGAAAAGUGGACCCGCACAUUUGGAAAGGGGUACUUGCUAUACAAAUUGGAUACUAAAGAUCAAUACAGUAUUCUACCAGUUGAUCCUUUGAGUAAACAUUACAAGGGUUUGCCUGUAUUGACAAGAAGCUUGCUUUCAGUAAUAGAGAUUCAGCCGGGACCUUUUGUAGACCGAGACACUGAUGAUUAUAAACAAACUGAAGAAUUGCAAAUACUGCACUGUGAUGCAGAGCUACGUUCUAUCUUGGUUGGUUUUCCAG